CUUCCCUCCGCCCCGGCUGCCGCUGCCGCCCUCCCGCCGCAGCCAGUCCUGCGGCGCAGCACGGCUCGGCUCGGCUCGGGUCGGCUCGGCACGCCAUGGUGCAGCUCGGGGGCGACCGCCGAGCCCCACCGCCGGCCCCGGCCGCGCCGCCGGCCUUCAGCAUCGACAGCAUCCUGCAGGCCGGCCCCCGCCGCCCGGCCCGGGAGCAGGGCAGAGCCCGCUGCGCGCUGCCGGAGGAGGAGGAGGAGGAGGAAGAGGAAGAGGAAGAGGGGCCUGCGGAGCAAGACCCCAGUAAAGGCUCCAGCAACUCGGGCAGCGAGCCCCGCCGGCUCCGGGCGGAGAGGACGAGCCGUGGGCUCCGGGCGGAGGCCGCGGGCGGCCGCAGCGGUGCGGGCUCCCCGCUCCCCGCCGAGGGGCUGCGCGGCUCCCGGCAGCCGCCGCCGCCGCCGCCGCGGGAGGCCGGGGGCUGCGGCGGGGAGAGCGGCAGGUCGCCGGCGGCGGGCGGCAGGAAGAAGACGCGGACCAUCUUCUCCAAGAGCCAGGUCUUCCAGCUGGAGUCCACCUUCGACGUGAAGCGCUACCUGAGCAGCGCCGAGCGGGCCGGGCUGGCCGCCGCGCUGCACCUCACCGAGACGCAGGUGAAGAUCUGGUUCCAGAACCGCCGUAACAAGCUCAAGAGACAGAUGUCGGCCGAGCCCGAGGGCCCGGGGCGGGCGGAGCCCCCCGGGGAGCCGCCGCCCCCCGCCGCCGCCGCGGCUCUCUCCUUGCCGGCCCUCUACAAGGACAGCACCCUGCUCAGCCGCUGCUUGCUGCCGCUGCCCUUGCCCCUGCUCUACCCGGGCAGCGCCAUCCCCUACCUCUGCCUCCCCGGGCCGGGCAAGCACUUCAGCCUGGUGGACGGGGACGUAUAGCCGCUCCCCCCCGGCCCCCGACCUCCCUCUUGCCGGGGGCCGCCCCGAUGUUAUUUACGCCCCCCGCCGUGUCGGUGGGGUGUCCGCCUCCGCCGCGGCCGGCGGCAGCCGCCCCCCGGCCCACGGAGGGACCGCCCGGGCUCCCCCCCUACGCGUGUCCGUGGGCCGCCGACGCGUUGUUAAAGCUUGAAAGGGGUGCUGCCAGCCCGCCCUCCCUCUUGCAGCGCUUUUUCUCUGGGCAGGAGGGACGCGAGAACACGGAGCCACCAAAGAAACCGGGAUGUGUUCUGCCUCCUUCCCUCUCUCCCUCCCUCCAUCCCUCCCAAGUUAUCCCGUGCACGUAUUCCAGGGGAGCCGAUGCUCUGCCUCAGGCGGCGGGGACCGUGUCCCCGCGUCUGCCCCAGCGCCGUGGCCAUGGCUGUACCGUGAACCGAGUCACUUUUAAUACAGCUUGCUACACGCCAAGGCCGCCGAGUGCUCCUCUAUCUCAAACUCUCCCCCUCUAAUAUCCCGCAGAUUAACUUCUCCCCGUUUUUGACGUUAUUGAAAUGUAGACACCCUUCCUCAGAUCUGGUUCUUAAACUGUGGCUUCUCUGAACUUUUUUUCCCUUCCCGAAAAAAUCCAAGCGCGCUCUCACACUUUUUGUGCUAACUGGUUCUCAAACUGUGGCUCGUCUGAUGUUUUUUGCAGAACAAGACAAGCUCUCUCUCAUACUUCUUGUGCUAACCCCGCCCCCCGAAAUCUCGUGGGACAAUUUUAUCUGCUAUCCUAAAGUAAAGAAGUGUUGAGUUUUGAUUUAUUUUUUUUUCUUCAUAGAUUUCCAAACGCUUUUGUCGCCCUUUGGUUUCCAAGUUCACACGCUUUAUAUCCAAAGGUUGGAAAUAAACCUUUUCAGAAAGCUGAAAUGCAUGCCUUUUCAAUAGUUACUACUAGGCAGUAUCAAACGAAAGAGAUUGCCUAGAGUGCACCGAUGGUUUUAAUUUAAAAAAUAAAGGUUAAGAGCACAAUCGUGGCAUUACCAAAUU